AUGAAAAUUCUAAAAAAGGCAGAUUUCUUUGGAGUUCCAUUUAUAUAAAAUAUUGAUCAAGAUUAAACAAAAUAUAAAAGUAUAUUUGGGGGAAUUAUAACGAUUACAAUUUUUUUAGUAAGUUUAGCUUAUGUAUUUUGGAUUGGCUACCUUUGGUAAACUAAUUAAAUGAGCCCAAAAGUAUCCCGUUAAAAUUAUAUAUCUGACUACUCUUUGCUAGACUUGAGUGACCAAAUAAUAAGGGUAUACUAUUGGAAAUAUGAAGAAGGCAUAAUUGAUCCAUUUGAAUAAAAAAUUUUAUUGCCAUUAGUGGUUUAUGCUAAUAACAAUUUUGUGACAGAUGCUUAGAUAAUACAAAAUCAUACACUUACAACUUCUGGAGAUGUUUAUGUACCAGAUAUGAAGCUUGGUUUUUCUAGGUUUGAUGAUUAUAUUUAUACUUCAAAUGAAAUGUACAUUGAAAUAGUUUUAUGCUCGGAGAAAUAUUUAAAACCUGGUGAAAAGUGUGCAUCGCCAGAACUAAGAGAGCAAUUCUUUGCCUAAAUAGGAAAUGUGGUUAUAAUUGAAUUUUAUUCAACAACAAUAGAUCCUCGGGAUGGAAAAAAAUAACGUGGAUUCUAAGAAUACUAUUUGUAAAUAGAGGAACAAUAUUGUUAUUCAAUGCAAUCUUUUUUUAAAACAAACUUAUUUGAGCUCUAAAAUUAUAUAUUAUUUGGAUCUUCUCAAUACAAAGAAUAUAUUGUCGACUUAUAAAUACAAACCUAAACAAAUUCAUUAGAAUAUUGCUAAAAAAUAUUUUAAAAUGAAGCACUUGCAAUAGUGUAUCUUGGGAUGAAAGGAACUCAAGAAAAAAUAACUUUAGAGUAUCCACGGGUAGGUGAUCUAUUAGCAAAUAUCGGAUCUAUUGUAUCAAUAUUAUUUAUGAUCAAAUACAUCAUUAUGUUAUUCAAUGAGUACUUCUUAAAUUAAAAGGUAUUAAAAGAGCUUAUGAGCUUUUACUACCCAGAAUUUAAAAAGAUAUAAAUUACAAAGAAUUGGAGGGGGAAAAUAGUUGAAGUUAGUCUAAAUAAGAUGAAAAUAGAUCCAAAUAUUUAUGGAAAAUUUUAUGAGAAUGUUUCCAAUUAGAUGAAAUAAAAGUUUAGUUAUUUGAAUUUAUUGUAUGAAAUAUCUAGACUGUAUUUUGUUAUGAGAUCAUCAAAAUUUAGAAAUGAAUUUUUGAAAUCUCAUUAAAUAGGAAUAAAGAUUAACCUACUUUAGUAAAAAGAGAGUGAAAUUGUUUUUACACCGAAAUCAGAAAAAUCUUUUGAAGAUAAUUAUGUCUUAAAUGCGGAUGAUGCAGACAUAUUAUCUUAAUCCAGAAGAAAAAUCGAUAAAAAUUAUGAUCUAAUUUCGGAGGAGAUAUAUAAUGAAAUAGAUUAUUAUUAUAUCAAUAAGAUUUCAUGA